AUCAUUGAUUGAAGUAUUGAAGGGUUGAAGCAGGAAGAGGAAUUAGGGCUUUUGGUUUGAGGAUGGAUGCAGAGAAGAAGGAAUCGGACAACAGCCACAGCGAGAAUCAUAAUAGCUAUGCAAGAGCACUUAUAGAUUCUACCGCUCCUCCUACUACCGAUAACACCAAGGAAGCCGACGACGAACGCGACCUCAGAGCUGGCCUCCAUCCCCUCAAGAACAAAUUCGUAUUUUGGUACACUCGCCGAACACCAGGAAUUCGAAGCCAGACGUCUUAUGAAGACAACAUAAAGAAAAUUAUCGAUUUCAGCACGGUUGAAGGUUUUUGGGUGUGCUAUUGCCACCUAGCCCGUCCUUCCUCACUGCCUAGCCCAACUGACUUGCAUCUGUUCAAGGAGGGAAUUCGCCCUCUUUGGGAGGACUCUGCUAAUUGCAAUGGUGGUAAAUGGAUAAUACGAUUCAAAAAGGUUGUCUCAGGCCGCUUUUGGGAGGACCUGGUUCUUGCCUUGGUGGGUGACCAACUUGACUAUGGAGAGAACAUAUGUGGUGCUGUACUAAGCAUUAGAUUCAAUGAGGAUAUAGUGAGUAUCUGGAAUCGUAAUGCUUCUGAUCAUCAGGCUGUAAUGGCUUUAAGAGAUGCAAUUAAGCGGAACUUGAAGCUUCCACACAGCUAUGUCAUGGAAUACAAGCCUCAUGAUGCUUCACUCCGUGACAAUUCAUCAUAUCGAAACACUUGGUUGAGGGGUUAGAAGCUUGCAAAAUCUCUUUUGUUGCCACCCGGUAAGUAGCUGUUACAGAAAAAACAAGAAGUUAUGACCAAAAUCAGUCAAAUGAUAGAAAAGAGUUCUUGUGAGGUUGGUGGCAAUCUGUUAAGUUGAACUGUAACAGACUUGUAUUUGUACUAAAGUUACUUACGGAGUAUUGAACACAUCUUAUUUCAUUUCUGAUUAUAUGCUUCUCUUACUGGACAA